AUGCCGGUGGCGCUGAACAGGGCCCACCCGCAGACUGCUGGGAGCUUGCGGUCACGCUCGCAGCAGCGGAAGGAAGGGCUGCCUGUGAAGCGCCAGUCGGCAGCGGGCAGGAAGCGUGUGGAGGCGACGGCGGCAGCGCCCAGAGCAGCUGCAGGUGCAGAACUGAUAGCAUUUUACGCUUCCCCCACGUAUGCACACUUCCGUCUCCUUCUGUUCGCAGGACUGAUUGUUGCCACCCUGGCCGUCUGCUGGAUGCCAAACCAGGUCAGGAGGAUCAUGGCUGCUGCUAAGCCCAAGCAGGACUGGACCGUCCCCUACUUCCGGGCGUACGUCACUCUUCUUCCCAUCGCCGACAUCUUCUUCUACCUCAGCUCGGUGGUGAACCCACUCCUGUACAACAUCUCUUCUCAGCAGUUCCGCAGCGUGUUUCUGCAGGUGCUCCGCUGCCGCCUGACCAUACAGCACGCCAACAAGGAGAGGUUUCUCAGAGCCAACCUGAGCUCCACAGCGAGGAGCAGCCGGUCUCUGCGCCCGCUGCUCUUCAUGUCAUCCAGGCGCAAUUCUUCUACAAGGGGCAGUAACAAAGUUGUCUUAAGCACUUUCCAGGGGGAGAGCAAGCCCGCCUGCGGUCCUCAGCGACCAGGUCUCGAGCCCCCGGCGCCCAGCCUGGACGAGGCGCCACUGGAGACUGGCUCGGAGCCCCAUGCGGGCGCACAGAACGGCCUUUGUGAACACCAGGUGUGA